AUGGCAAGCUAUGGUGCAGCCGUAGCGACACUGAGCAGCCUGGUUGAACUCCAAAAUGAUCUCAGCAACGAGGAUACCCACGCACGUCUACGUGCCUUGGAACUUUGCAGCAAACUUCAGGCUGAACUCGAGCUCCCCGGAGAGAAGCUCAUGAGGACCCAGUGGGCAGAACCUCUACACAUUUCGGCACUUAACGCAGCUCACGACCUCCAUAUCUAUUCUAUCCUAGCAGAAAACGACAAUGCCCCCAAAUCGGUGUCACAGAUCACAGAAACGACAAAAGCCGAGCCAUUCUUAAUCAGGCGAAUUCUGCGCCAAUUAGCGGCUUUUCGCAGCAUUACAGAGACAAGCGUCGACACCUUUGCCAAUAACAAGUUCUCCCAAUUCCUCCUAGAGGAUUCCGCAGCGUCCACACUCAAGUUCACGCGAUGGUUUGCACCAGUUAUUGCCCAGGCACCAGACUUCUUGGCACAUUAUGAGUGGAAGUCGCCAGCUGAUCCUCAGAAAGCUGCUUUCGCAUGGACACUCGGCCUUGGUGACUUGAACUGGUUUGAACACCUGUCACAAGACCCAGUGAAUGGUGCUUUGUUUGGAAGGAUGAUGCGAGCACAGAGUGAAGGCAAGCCUACCUGGAGCGAUGGGCUCUACCCGGUCAAGCAGCUCCACAGCGAUGGCAAUGCCCUGAUCGUCGACAUUGGAGGCGGCAAUGGGCACGACUUGGAAUCUGCCUAUGUCAUCGACCAUGUCAACUUGGAUGGUAUUGAUAAAAUGGCCUACGACUAUUACACUGAGCAACCUGUGAAAGGUGCUCAAGUCUAUUUCAUGCAUCAGAUUAUGCAUGAUCACGAUAACGCGCAAUGUCUCAAGAUUCUUCGAGCUGUAGUGCCAGCGAUGAAGCCGGGCUACAGCAAGUUGCUCAUUAAUGAUCUGGUUCUGCCGGAUCAGGAUGCCCAUUGGUACCCUUCCACAAUGGACCUGCUCAUGAUGUUGACAAUGUGUGGCCGUGAGCGGACCACGCAACAGUGGUUUGACCUGAUCAAUGAGGUUGGGGGCGGACUGCGCAUCGAGAAGAUCUGGACUCCAACAGCUACGACGGGGAUGGCUGACAGUCUGAUUGAGUGCGUCGUGGAUUGA